UCAACUACCGCGUGCCAAGCCCAUGCGUGAGUAAAUACGGCAGGCGCAGCUCAACCCAUCAAGCCAUGGCAGACUUGCUCCUCCUAACCCUGCUUCCCUUGGCUCUCCUCUUCCUCCUCCUCCACCAUGCAUCGCCAAUCAAAGCCCUUCUCACGAGGGCCAAGUCGGUUUUGGCACCGGAGCUCUCCACGGUGUGGAAGCCACAGCCAGCUAGCAUCUUCGUCACGGACCCCGAGACGGCGCACAGCCUUCUCGUGCGCGGCAGCGCCGGUGGCUCCUUCUCCAACCGCCCACCGUCCAUUUCUCCCAGCGCCAUCCUCUCGCGCCGUCAAUACCAGAACAUCACCUCCGCUCCCUACGGUGAGCACUGGCGCGCCAUUCGUCACAACCUCACAUCAGAGGUCCUCCACCCAACGCAGCUCCACCGGCACGCGUCAGCGCGCCGCCGUGCACUACAUGGACUCGUCGUGGACCUCGCCGAGCAGAGGAAAAACGGCGUGGUUCACGCGGCGGAGAGCAUCCGCUACGCUAUGUUUGGCCUGGUGGCCAACAUGUGUUUCGGCGACGACAUCGACAAUAACCGCGUCCGUGCCAUGGCCGACGCUCAGAGUGACCUCGUCAAGUCCCUAUCUACGGCGCGCGUGUUCGCGCACGCGAAGCUCCCCGCACUGACCAGGCUCAUUUAUCGUAAUCGGUGGAAGAAGCUAGCCGCCCUGCGACAGCAGCAGGAGCAGACGUACCUACCACUCAUCGACUCCCGUCGCGGCCGGCACCGGCGACCCAGCGAGACGCCGGUGUAUGUGGACACGCUCAUCGAUCUCAAGGUGCCGGACGACCACAGUCAGGACCCAAGGCGGCAUCGAAGAAGGCUGUCCGAUGGUGAACUCGUCGGCAUGUGCUCCGAGUUCCUUGGUGCUGGAACUGAAACGACAGCAUCAGCGCUGCAGUGGAUCAUGGCCAACUUGGUGAAGCGUCCUGACAUACAGGAGGCCGUCCGGAAGGAGAUCAAUGCCGUCGUGGGUGCGGACGCCGAGGAAGUCAGCGAGGUUGUUCUUGGGAAGCUGGAGUACCUGCACGCUGUGAUCAUGGAGGCACUCCGGCUGCAUCCGCCGACGUCUUUUAAUGGCCAGACUGUCUUAGCUAUACCUUUGCUGGUUUGUCAGGUCAUUAUAACGGGUAGAUGCAGGAGGAUGAGGGGUGGGCGGGGCGGUGAGGCUGAGCAGGAGCGCCGCUGGCCGCGGGUGGUGGUGGUCGACGGUUCGGCCGGUGGUCCAUCUGGCGGUUGGAUGGAGAAGAAGAAAGUUGUCUGGAGGAUAAAGAAGUAA